CAAAACUACCUUUUGUUGUCAGCUGAGCGCGUGACGUCAGAGGCCGCCGCCGCCGCCGCCGCGCCGGGCGAGGUGCUGGGUCCACAUGUGACCAGCUUAAACUAGUUCUGAAGACACAAAGGGGGAAGGAAGGAGGAGAGGCAGAGGGGAGAUAAGGCGCCAGAUAGCUGGGGAAGGGGGGCAGGCCAGGCGGUGGAGCAGAGCCAGCGGAGAAGAGCAGGAGGAGGAGGAGGAAGCAGCAGCAGCAGCGGCUUCGCCAGGAGACCGACCGAGGCGACGGCACUGAGCAACCCUCAGCAUCCCUCCAUCCAGAAUGCAGGUCCGUGGACUGUUUUUCCUCUUGAUUCUGAUUCUUCUGGCUGCAUCUUCUGAGGCUGGCAAGAAUAAAAAAGAUAAAGUGAAGAAGAAUGGCUCAGAUUGUGAGGAAUGGCGCUGGGGCCCCUGUGUCCCUAACAGCAAAGAUUGUGGUGUCGGCUUCCGUGAAGGCACUUGCAAUGAAGAGACUAAGAAGCUCAAGUGUAAGAUUCCCUGUAACUGGAAGAAGGAAUUUGGAGCUGAUUGCAAGUACAAGUUUGAGAGCUGGGGUGGUUGUGAUUCUGCCACAGGCCUGAAGGCUCGCUCAGGCACUCUGAAGAAGGCUCUGUACAACGCCGAGUGCCAGGAAACUAUCCAAGUGACUAAGCCUUGCUCCCCUAAGACCAAGUCAAAAUCCAAAGCCAGAAAAGGAAAGGGAAAGGACUAGAAGGAUGGAGGAAGCCCCACCGUCUUCAGGGCAUGGUGCCUGAACCCACUUGGACACACACCACUUGGAGCUGCAGCGUGGCCCCUCCCAGCUUGGCGAUGCUUUGCCAAAUCCUGCUAUUCUUCCACCUCCAUGACUUUGACCUUAACUGAAAUGCCGUUUCUAAUCAGUAGUUUUGCAGAGAGCAAGCCCUGUCCUGAAGAAGGUGCUGUUUGCCUUCUCCUUAACUUUUCCUACCUUUCCCUCCCCACCCCUGUUGUGCAUAUGCAAUCUCUCCCUCCACCCCAUUCUUUGCUCUGGCUCCUUUCCCAGAAUUUGGUCUGAUGUGCUUUGAGAUGGGGUGAGACUAGGCUAAGCUGUGGCUAGAACUCUUCACCUUUGGGAUCUGCUGUCAAGCUCAAAUGGCCUUUCGGCACAUCUCUUUGAACUUUAACAACGCCUCUGACUUCCCUGUUCAACUUUGCUUUCCUGUAGACAAAGAGCUAAACUAAGCUAGCCAAGGGCAACGUUUCAGGGAAUAGAAUAGGAUGGGGAGGAGUUGCAAUGGAAACAUCGGGCGAAGAGCCCCUCUGUUGCAGAAACAGCAAGAUGCUGACUCGCUUUGGUGUCUUUCUGCACCCUCCCCCCCGCCCCCUCUUUGUAGGGGACAAAAAUCGGUGCCUAUUUCCCAUGGUGCUCUUUGUGUAUGUGUGUGCGUGCAUGUGUGCGUUCACUUUUUUUGCUCCCCAUAUCUCCGUUACCUACGUGUUUUUCAGCAGACUCUUCAUCUGAGGAGGGGUGUGUCUGUCUGUCUGUCUGUUUAAUCUGUAUGACUUGUGUUUGUUUGGUAUUUUGCUAACAAGCCAUGCCUUGCAUCCUCGUCAGUGCCCAGGAAAGAAUUUCCCCAGAGCAUUGUUUCUUUUUCAAUAAUUACAUCUUCAUUUCUCCUUAUCUAUAUUCUUGCUGGGACGCUGUGGCCUUCCCUUUUCUGGUGCUGGGUAAGCCCUCUCCUGCUUUUUACAAUCCCCCCUCCCUUUUUUCCAAUAAAAGUCUUUUUACAAAAAAAA